AUGCCCAAAAUCCAAAUGUUUCUUUGGAAAUGCUAUCAUAAUAGCGUUCCAGUUAAGUCGAUACUAGCUCAGAGAGGCAUCCAAAUUUCCCCAACCUGUGAUAUUUGUCAUGAUCAAUCGGAAACCAUAACUCAUGUUUUAAGGGAGUGUAAGGCAGCGCAUGCUUUCUGGGUUGAGGCCAAUCAACCUGAUGAGAUGAUCCACACUUUUGGAUUAGAAGUGAUGGAAUGGAUUAAAGUUCAUGAGUUCUGGUUUAGUGUUAUUGACCAUGUUGAGCCUAGGAGUAGAUCUGUUGUUGCUGUUAGUUUGGCUAAACCUCCGGAGAGUUGGGUGAAGUUGAACACGAACUGUUCGGUAAAGGGAAGUCCGAGGAUAGCAAGGUGUGGGGGCCUUUUGCGCGACUAUCAUGGCAAUUGGAUCUCGGGUUUUGCAAGGGCCAUUGGCAUUACGUUGAGCUUAGCUGUUGGACUGUGGGCCAUCCGCGAUGGAUUAGCUAGAUGCUAUCAUUUAUCCCUCCAAGCGGUGGAAGUUGAGGUUAAUGCCUCGGUUGCGAUAUCAUUGUUAUCCCAAGAUGUCCAUACUAAUGGGGAGUUUUCUUCUCUUAUUGAUGACUACAGGAACCUUAUGAAGAACAUCCAUUAG